GGAACCCAAACGAAUCCUCGGAAACCGGCUCGAAUAGAAGAAAUGAAUCUUUCAUCCCUUUGAAUCCUUUAACGUCAGAAGAAAUCAGAGACUUUCAGCGUAAUUCAAAAAAAAGGCGUAGGAGUGUCGAUUUUGAUCGAUGGAGAAAACCGUCAAAAUCAGAGACACCUUGGAUUGUUGAAGAAAGUAAGAUUGAAUACACGAGUGUUACCCAGAGGCAAUUGGUAGAAUAUCUUAGUCCGACCGAUGUCGAACGUUCAUUACGUUCAUUCGUGAUAAAGCGAGUAGAAUUGGCCAUCAAAAAAGAGUUUCCAGACGCUGAAAUUGUACCAUUUGGAAGUGUUAACACAGGCCUCUAUCUUCCUACAAGCGACAUUGACUUGGUUUGCUUUAUCCACCUUCAAACUCCCUCAUCACUGAGGCUAGUAUCGGAAAUUUUGGUGGAUCAAGAAAUCUGUGCUAAUAAACCAAAUACCAUAUUCAAUGCUGUCGUUCCAAUAAUCAAAUUUCGCGAACGUUAUACUAAUUUCAACGUUGACAUAUCUUUCAACCAAGCGUCAGGAUUUGUUUCUGCUCGUGCAAUAAAAAAACUCAAGAAAGAAUGGCCCUCCUUGGAAAAGUUGGUAAUAGUCGUUAAGCAUUUUUUACGACAUCAUGCACUAGACGACCCUUCGAUGGGUGGGAUGGGUGGAUUCACUGUUUUUUGCAUGAUGCUUAGCUUCUUUCAGUUGCAUCACCAGAUUCAAGAGGGCACGGUGGUACCAGAGGAUGAGAAUUUGGGUGUCAUACUAAUAGAAUUUUUUGAACUCUAUGGCUUCAAUUUUGAAUACGAGAAACUUGCAAUACGAAUUAAAUCUCCCGAUGGCUAUGGCUAUUACCCAAAGGAAAAUGAACCGUGGGCAAACAAAAAUCCGAAAACAAACUUAUGUAUCCAGGACCCGACAGAUGAAGGCAACGAUAUCUCGCGAUCGACACGCAAUAUGGAUUAUAUACGCCUUCAAUUUCAGCGUGCGUUCAAACGACUUGUUGUUCGAGUCGGGCAUCUCUCGCGAAUAUUACCGCGUGAUGAUGGAAAAUUUCCGGAAUUGCAAAAAGAAUCAAUCUUGUCGUCUAUUCUCUUUGUGGAACAAAAUAUUCAGGAUGUUAGGCGUAAACAUGCUAACGAUUAUCAUGAGUUUUUGGAGAAAUUGAUUGCUCCACUCGGUGAUAGCUUAUAUAAAAUAACGAGUUCAAAUGAUUUUGAAUAUAUUUCGAGAGAAUUCAAAACCGAAAUUCUCUGUGCAGAUAGAUUAAGAAUUGAAAAAGCUGACAGGACAAAGCGUAAAUUUAAUCAAUCGCGCUCGCAUGAUAGUCACAUAUAUGCGAGAUCUCAAAUUUCCAAUUAUCAAUCACUGGUGUCGCGUAUAGAAGAGUAUGAUUAUGAUAGGGAUCGUCGUAACAAAAGGUAUAGUUCCUCUGGCAGACGUGAUAACAGUUCAUUAUAUAUUGAGGAUGUUUCUGAUAUGGAAAUGGAUUCAGAUUACGAAUCUUAUCAUAAUCAUAAGUAUAGUAGUAAAAGACGUAGGACAAAGAAUCGCCGGCGUAGCUGA